AUACAUCCACUAAAUUAAAAGAGAAACAUAGCAAUAACGAAAAACUAAAUUCGAUUAAAUUUCAAUUUUUUACAGGCCGCUGGCAUAUCCGUGGAAUUUUGUAGUCAUAUUAUACAUUCGUAUUUAAAAUCCACCAAGAAUACAAAACUUGAUCGUGCGUCUGAUGCUCUUAACGAAAUGGGAAGUUCAGUAUUCUCUGGUAUUACAUUAACCAAAAUUAUAGGUAUCAUUGUACUACGGUUCUCGAAAACUCAAAUUUUUGAAAUAUUUUUCUUUCGAAUGUAUUUGAGUAUCGUAAUUUUUGGUGCUGCGCAUGGUCUAAUAUUUUUACCAGUGCUAUUAAGUCUUAUAGGUCCUGAGUAAUAACAAAUACUAAAAUAAAAAGCUGAAACAAGAUUACAAAAUCAUUUAGUAAAUGAUACAUAACCAGUAAUUCAAUAAUUAUUAACAACGAAUAGUAUAUCUUUGUUUUUAUAAUUUAUUAUUAUAUUUUAAGGACACAAGCAAAAGUUAAUUUUCUAGCUAACUGAAACACAUUAAAUUCAUAUGUAAAAUAACAUCAUUGUAUAAUAAUGUCAGAUCAUUAUUUCUUUAAAAAUAUAUUUAUAUUAAAUGAAAGUGAUGAUAAAAUAAAAAGGAAAUAGUCUCUUUAGAAAAAAAUGAUCACUGCAUUUCAAACUAUAGGAUAUCAAGCAGAAAAUUAAAUAGAAAAUAAGAAAAUAAAACAAUUCUUAUUCUUCAAGAACUGUCAAUCAUCAUUUUUCAACAAAAUCUUUUAAAUUUCGAC